CCCACUAUAUAUUGUUCUCAUCUGCAGAGAUAGGGUAUAAAGUAGAUAAUCGUGAACUUGCUUGCACAUGUCCGCCAUGAGCGACAACGAAUCUACAAAGGGAAACAAUUUCAAGAAGAAUCGGGUUGGUGACGUCACACCACCUCCUACUUAUGACGAAAUAGAAGUUGAAAUGACGAACGGAAGCGUGCCUACAGCUAAUGGCACAGCUGGUAGUUCAACGUCCGAUGAGAAGAAGAAGGAACCUCCUCCACAAGUGGGAUAUUUUCAAUUGUAUCGCUAUGCGGACAAGUGGGAUUAUUUAUUGCUGGUUUUGGGAACAAUUGCCGCAACUGUGCAUGGAGUUGCUAUGCCGGUCAUGUUUAUAUUUUUCGGAGAGUUGACGACGACUUUCGUUGACUACGGGAAAUAUAAAACCUGUAAUUUCAAUUAUACAUCCUGUAUCGCAGAUGGAACAAUUCCAAACUCCACAACUGAAGCCCAAUUCCUUCAAGCAAUUUCUCCAAUCCUUAACUUCAAUGAUUCAAUCGCAACUUAUUCAAUUUACUUUUCCAUCAUAGCUGUUGUUGUGUGGCUGUUUGGAUGGUGGCAGAUUACCUUUUGGAUGAUCCAGGCAGUUAGACAAAUACGUAGGAUCAGGAUUCUCUUCUUUAAAAGCAUCCUACGACAAGAUAUCUCAUAUUUCGAUCUCAAUUCUGCUGGGGAGUUAAACACUAGAUUGGCGGAUGACAUACAGAAGAUACAAGAUGGGAUCAGUGAUAAAGUAUCCAUGGGAAUAAUGAAUGUUACGCGAGCUAUAGGAUCUCUCAUCAUCGGGUUUGUCUACUCAGCCAAACUAUCUGCUGUUAUACUCGCUGUGUCACCUCUGCUUGUUGCAUCAGCUGGGAUUCUGUUUAAGAUGACUAGUAUGUUCACAAAGAAAGAGUUGGACGCUUAUGCUAAAGCUGGGGCAGUGGCGGAGGAAGUCUUAUCUUCAAUUAGAACUGUUGUUGCAUUUGAUGGACAAGAUAAAGAAUGUAAAAGAUAUCAAACGAAUUUAAAUGAGGCGCGGGUUGUUGGGAUAAAGAAGGGGGUUGUUGGAGGUUUAUCCAUUGGUGCUCUCUUCUGUAUAAUGUUUUCAACAUAUGGACUUGCAUUCUGGUAUGGUUCAACAUUGGUACGAAGUGGGGAGAUCACCGUGGGGAACAUGUUGACUGCUUUCUUUGGCGUGCUUAUUGGGGCAUUCUCACUUGGACAGGGAAUGAGUAACAUGGAAUAUUUCUCCGGUGCCCAAGCUGCGGCUUACAAAGUAUUUGAGAUAAUCGACCGGGUCCCUUUGAUUGACAGCAUGUCAGAGGAAGGUCAUAAACCUGACCGGGUCAAAGGUCAAAUAGAGUUCAAGAAUGUUGACUUCACCUACCCUUCCCGUACAGAUGUGCAGAUUCUCCACGAUGUUUCAUUUGUUGCUGAGAGUGGAAAGUCGGUGGCUCUUUGUGGCCAAAGCGGGUGUGGUAAGAGCACGUGUGUUCAACUUAUUCAACGAUUCUAUGAUCCGCAGGCUGUAGCAUUGUGGUGUACUUAUAUAUUAUGUGGGGUAAAGCAAACAUAUAUUCAAUGAAACUGGUUAUGUUGU